CGGUGAAUCCACCUACGACCAAUCAUAACCCGCCACCUAUCUCUUGCUCCCCACAUUGGCGAGUCCGAAAGCUAAUAUCUUCAUCCAAAAGCGACACGUUGUUUAAUGGCCCUCCUGCUUGAUCCGUGAGACGGACUUAGCUGCUUGACCUGCGACAUCGAAUCAGGAGGAGAGGCAUGGGAAAUGCUCUGCGAUUUCUGUACAGCUAUUGUGGCGAGUCCACCGCAGCUGGUGACUCCGAUUCACUUGGCCCUCACGGAGUUUCCUCCUCCACCGUCGGCGUAUCCGCUCUUGCCCAAGAUCUCUUCCACUUUGAUAUCACCUCUGAGGUCCCCGAAGGACUAAGCAAGCAUGUUGUGUCAUCAAAGAAGGCGCAAGCUAACUGGUAUAGAAAACUAAUAGAUGCAUGGAAGGAAUCAAGACCCCCUCCCAAAACCCCUGAGGAAGCAGCUAGACUCAUUAUUCAGACUCUAAAAAGACAUCAAAAGGCUGAUGUUGAGGGAUUGUUGGCCUUUUAUGGUCUUCCUCAACCACAUGACCUUGUCGAAGCAACUUUUAAACCCCCUACUUCCUUGCCAGAGGGGGUACAAUUUGAACUACACACCUUGCCGGUUGAUGCAAAAGCUGUGGCGGAUGGUGAUACUAUAACAGUUUAUGUGAGCACAGCAGACCCUAGAGAGUCAUCUUUUGUCCCUAGUCAUGUCCACGCAGCAGCAGUUCAAAGAUCGGGAGCUCGUGCUCAAAGAAACUAUGCAGAGGCCGAUGCCCUUCACCAGCAAAUUAUUGAUUCGGGAUAUCGUUUCUUGUUUAGGGUGAUUAAUCUUCAAAAUGGGGAAGUCCUUGCACGGAAGUACAGAAUUCGACUAAGGGGAAUUGAUGCGCCAGAGGGCAAAAUGCCAUAUGGGAAAGAAGCUAAAAACGAGCUGACAAAAAUUGUUCAAGGGAAGCCCUUGAAGGUCCUCGUUUAUGAUGAGGAUCGUUAUGGACGUUCCGUGGGUGAUAUUUAUUGCAAUGGUCUUUUUGUACAGGAGUUGAUGCUAAAGAAGGGACUCGCAUGGCAUUAUGCAGCCUAUGACAAGAGGAAGGAAUUUGAAAUAUGGGAAAAGGAAGCUAAAGCAAAGCGGGUCGGACUAUGGGCUUCAUCAAAUCCUGAGAAGCCAUGGGAAUGGAGGAAGGACCAACGAGAAGAAAUAAGGGAAUCCAGGAAUGAAGUAUCGAUUAUUCCUUCCUCGACACUCGUAUAGUAGCGAUGUAGCAUGGGGAGAAAGCUGGUUACAAGUAAGCAAAUCACACCACACCAAUUCCCAUGUCAUUAGCGAUUGAUGCAUCUUUUCAUAACAAGUCGAAGGAAAAAAACUAGUUUAUGGCAGUAAUGGCAGAAUAUGAUGGACGUGUUUGAUUAUGAGUACUAUCUUAUGAUCUCGUUCUCGCGCUCUUCAUUUAUGGGAAGCCUUAACUAUUAAUUGCGCGAAGCAGUGGUCCUUCGGAAUUUCUGCACCGGUGGAAAUCUCCCAAGGCGCGCGGGCCGGCAGCUGUCCUCCUCCAGCUUGAGGGCGAGUCUGGACAAUUCAAACAACCACCUCAUGCAUGCUCUUGUCAAUGUUCUCAGUCUAAUAUAUUUGUUAUUUAAAAACAAAUACUAAUAUGGUUAGAGUUCGCAUGGAUUCGUCUUACGUUUUUUUCAUAAAUAUAUAAAUAUAAAAGGCAAGUAAUGAACAUGGCCAAAUAGUAACACAAUUCAUUGAUGGAAUCUAUUAAUUAGAAUAUAUGUAAUCAUUGAGAAGGUGAAAAAACCUUCCGAGAUGGUUAAAAAAAUGACAUGACUUCAUGUA